AUACCAAGUGACUGAAAGUCGGAGAAGGGGGGUGGCACCUAUUUGAGGAAAGAGGCUGUUUCCUUCCUUCUUCCAUCCUGUACCCAGAAAGUGGAGAAAGAGAUGAAUUGAGCCCAAGACAAGCAGAAGAGAGGACAUUUUUCUGUCUAGAAAGAGUGCUCAUCGGUUCUUCUGAAUAUUUUGACUGUGAAGAAAGAGAUUUCCAGAAUCCAGAAUGGAUGUCCUCUUCGUAGCCAUCCUGGCUGUGCCGCUCAUCCUGGGACAAGAAUAUGAGGAUGAAGAAGGACUGGAAGAAGACGAUUAUUAUCAGGUGGUCUAUUAUUAUACAGUCACUCCCAAUUAUGAUGACUUUGGUGCAAAUUUCACUGUGGAUUACUCCAUAUUUGAAUCAGAGGACAGGCUGAACAGGUUGGAUCAGGAGGGAAGGGAAGAAGCGGAAACUACCAUUAGUCACGGAACAGAACGCACAGACCAUCAGAAGCCUGAAACACUGAAACCAAUGACAGUGGUACCACAGAGUCCAGACCUGAAUGAUGCGGCAUCCAGUCUGCAGAGUCCUGCUCCCCUCCUCCUGUCCUGGGCCCUCGUUCAGGGGGGGAUGUAUUUCAUGUAGAAGGAAAAAGAAGGCUGCUACAAAUCUUUGGAUGGGGAUUUGGGAAGAGGAAAUUGGAAGAUAAAUAAAUGAAAUAAUCUGGUUACUCUCUA